AUGGCUCGUUCGACUUGCAAGCGACCUAUGAUGACGCGCGCGCGUCGAGCGCUGGUCCGGCGUGCCUUGCAACUCGGAACUGCCGUAUCCUCAGUUUUGCAAGAGUUCAACAUUACCGAAAUCACGCUUAGCCGUAUCAUAAAUAAUUUCCACAAUGAUGAUAUUGAGGAAGAUGCGUGGUACUUGGAUGGACGCAAUCCUAAUGUGUCAUUGUCGCCCAAGGUCCAUGAACGGAAGAAUCUCAUGAGGAGGACUCUACGCGAGUCAACUGGUACUGCUUCCCAUGCGCGUCCUGUGCGGCAAUCCAAGCACAAACUUUUGGGGGGAAAAACCAACGUGCUAUCAGCACCAGACCACUCCAGUGAACAGGAAUCCAAACGCACACCCAUCGUACCGCUGUCAGCGAGCGACGACAUUCCUGGCACUAGUCUAUCUCAUUCGCAUCUCUCCAAUGACGCGCCUAUUCCCCAAAGCCAGCCCUUUGCAGCCACCCAUACUGCUUCGACAGCUGACUCUGUCAGCUUAUUUCUGCGACACAUAGGAAGGGACGACUUGAAAGCCAAGUUUGAUAAGUUGGAGAUACGUACCAGGAAAGAUCUUCUUACCCUUUCCGAGCACGUCAAAGACCCGAUUUGCUGCCAGAAUCUCCAAAUGGCAUUCAAGUUGUCAAUUACGGAGUGGAUUGUGCUGGUCAAGGCUUUCUUAGACUAUGCGGAAUCCGAUGGACAUUAA